GGUCGGAUCUUCCAAUGGUGGGACAAAGAAUCGGCGGAUGCCCCGUCGGCGCCGUGCCGCCUUCUCCGCCCAAGUAGACCUCACGGGCCGAGGCACCGCGACCGCCGAACUCAUGCGCUCCGUCACGGGCAAGAAGAGCGCCGGGCCCGGCACCUAGGGACGCCGACUAUGAGACACAGUCCGACGGCCGUCUCCAGCUUCGCGCACCGGUCGUCGCCGCUUCUAACAUCUCGACUCGGUCGAAAUCGGCCGUAGAAGCGCGCUGCAGCGGGGUUUCUCUGGGUCUCGAGACGCAUCGGGCGGCCAAGCCUCCUCGAGCAGGACGAUGGAGACGCCGAUCCCGAUGGAGCACGUUCUACUACGGGUGAAGGUUCUGAACCUGGCCUACUUGACAGUCGCCCUGCCUCUGUUCACUCUCGUCUUCUGUUUUGCCACUUCUAUGCUGUUCCAGUACACGGCCGUCAACACGACCGUGUGUAAAGUGUACAACUUCUGCCCGUCGGUGAGCGCCAUCACGGGCAUCUCGCCGCAGCGCUACGUGUGGCGCACGGGCGUGGCGCUGCACACGGGCCCCCGCCUGCUGCUGGCGUCGCUCUACCCGCGCUACUACAGCCGCAGGGCCCUGCUGGUGGAGGCUCCCCGGAGGCCCCUCUUCCUAAGGCUGGCCAGGGCGAACUACCUGCUCCACCUCACCGAGGCCCUCUCCCUCGUCGGGGUCACCUACGUCUCCAACAGGGAGAACUACCCUGUACACGAGAAAAUUUUCAUAAUCUUCAUGGUGUCUUCCCUGUUGUACAUGGUUGGGACAUGCAUAGCGGCCAACAUGUGCCAGCACAAGAACGACACAGAAAUGGAGAAAAAGUCUCGGCGCCUCAAAAUGUCUCUGCUGGGACUGACACUAGCGGCCAGUGCGGGAAUGCUCUACUUCUUCUACAAGCACCGCAUUCACUGCGUCGAGCUGGCGUUCAGCUGGUUCUCCCUGUGCGAAUACGUCAUCUGCGUCUGCAACAUGGCCUUCCACCUCACCCUGGUGUACGACAUCCCCGACGAGGAGCUGCUCGUCGGGAUUCCCCUGGGCGUGGCCAACUCCAGCAAACCGGCUUCGAAGGACCAGUGAGCUUGCCUCCGUACGCGCCCUUCCGGGCCGUGCUGCCGCUCCGGGGACACAGGACCCCCGGGGGGCUGCCACGCACACUCUUCCCGUCACCCAGGCUACAGAAACUAUCGAUUUGGGUGCCCUGCUUUCGAUUAAAAGGAAGCUCGAGCCGUCGUCGGGAAGUUCGGACCGCAGUCUCGAGCGCCGACUUCUUCCGAAUGGCGUCGUCGGGGGCCGCGAGGUGCCUCUUCCUUACCGCUACCAAAGUGCGGCGUAUUUUGUGCGACGGAGUUUUGCAGCGCCUAGAGUCACUUCAUAGCUACGCUCGGGGUGUCGGUGUCGUGCACAGCCGAAAGCGUCGGCGUUCGCGAUUAGCCGAAAGCUCACCGUGCGGCCUUUACUUCGAUUAAUUCUGCUUUCGUCGACGGAAAUUAGAGCAAUAUCAGACUGUCAAUUUUGACGAUAUCGGUUUAAAGGGACACUGACAGGGUAUUUAUGCUCGCCGAGGUUUUUAGUUGUACGUGUCAUAUGAGAGCUCAACUACCCAGAACAGAAUUUGCGGCUCGAAAUUCGGUUUCUUUCCGCCCGAAAACCGCCGAUCAAGAACUGGCCGGUUCGAGUCUCGCUCACUCUCUUUUUCGAGGUCACGGGCCGUUUUCUAAGGUAUCGAUGCGACCACCAAAUUUAAUCAAAGUCGUGGGUCACUGAAGGCACACGCUCAAUAGUAAAAAUAGAAAAAAAA